AACAAAUGAGAAGAACAGACGCAGCCAGUUGCCCACAGAGCUGAUGACUAUCUUUUGAUCAAAUCAGCUUUUGUUUACUGGUGCACUUUUUUUCCCCCAGCAUUUAAGUAGCUUUGAAUCUCUGUGACUGAGAUAUUCUUAAAGACUGAACACAAAUACCUUCAGCCGUUCAUUGAGACUGUCCACUGGAAAUCUAUUCAAAUAUGACAGACUGCAACUUUUCAAUCAAUUAAACACUCGACAAAUCAACAUUUGUAGCGCCUUCUUCUGACUUCAGCACAGGUCAAACAAUGAGGCCUGUGAAUGCUGCCCUCUGGGCGGCAGCCAUAUUGAUGGGACUCCAGCUGAGCAGUUCAUCCCCUAACUUCGUAGACCUCUCAUCCAAAAACCUCUCCUCUGUCCCAAGUGACCUGCCAGAGACAGUUGAGUUUUUAGACCUUUCAUGCAACCACAUACAGCAACUUCACCAAGGAGACUUCAAAAGCACCCCCCUCCUGAGGUUCCUCAACAUUUCUUGGAAUAAUUUGGAGGGCAUCGAUCCGGAGACAUUCCUCGACACGCCGCUCCUGGAAGAUCUGGACCUGUCACACAACAGGCUGACGAACCUGUCAGGUCAGCGGUACCUGCUCCACACUGAGAACCUUCGGGUACUGAAUCUGACCUGCAACAACUUUCUCACGAUGACACUGGGGAGUGAGUUCAGUUCCCUGGUAAAACUGGAGAAUUUAGCACUUGGAGCUCCAAACAUCAGUGUCGGUGAUUUCAAGAAUAUUGCUCAAGUCAAACUACGUACACUGACGCUUUCCCUGGAGGAUCAACUGAAUUAUACACCAGGCAGUCUGAAGGAUGUUAAUGCUAAAAGGCUUCAGAUAACAUUCUCUCGUUACCAAAAAAUUGACAUUCAUGUGGUUGAUGAUGCUCUGUCACUCUUUGCUGAAGUGGAGUUGAUGGAUCUGACAGAUCACUACGGAGACCUGAGUCAGCAGUUGAGUGAGAGGAAAGAAAUCCUCACAUCUCAUCUUUAUCUCACCAACAUAUCAAUCAACUGGGAUGACUUGACUCACUUCGUAAAAGCGGUUCUGCACACAUCAAUCAGCCAUCUGAGCGCCUCCGAUGUGGCCAUGUCCAAAUUGCCAUACAUUGACACUGUUGUGACCUACACAUCUCAAAUGGAGUCCUUCACAGCCAGCCGAGCGGUGGUGACAACUUUCUUCUUUUCACAAGAGGCUGUGUACAACUUUUUUAUCAACCUGCCAGUGAAGCGUUUAGUAAUCAAUGAGACUUCAAUCAUACACAUGACAUGCCCAGGGUCGCAGAGUCCUAUCCGCGAAUUGGACUUCUCCUAUUGUGCUAUGUCUGAUUCCAUCUUCACCACAGCUGAUGCUACAGGAAUCAAGGAAUGUAUGAAUCUGGGUAACUUGACGAAACUGAAUUUGACUGGCAACAGUCUUAAGAGCCUUCAGCGGCUGAGCCAGCGUGUGCAAUAUAUGACAUCCCUGCAGGAUGUGGAUCUCAGCUUCAACUCCCUGACUUAUGAUGGUCUGACAGAAUGCAUCUGGCCACCAAAAAUCACCAAUAUGACUCUGGCUUCUAACAGCCUGACAGACUCUGUUUUCAAAUGUCUACCAAAAGGAACGGAGACACUGGAUCUACAGAACAACCAGAUUUCUGUGAUACCAUCAUCUAUCCUGAAACUGGGGAACCUUAAAUCUCUGAAUCUGAAUAGUAACAGGCUGCGGGACUUGCCAGAAUGUAAUGGUUUCCCCAUACUGAGUGAGCUUCUGCUGAGGUCAAAUUCCCUCAAUACACCAUCUGUGAACAACUUGGAAAGCUGCCCCAAACUGAAAACCCUGGAUGUCAGUAACAAUCCCUUCGCCUGCACCUGCGCUCUGAAGAAUUUCAUAAGUCUUGGUGUCAGGUCUGAAAUGAAAAAAAGUCUCACAGGAAUUGAAUUGGUGAGCUGGCCAGUGGACUAUUGCUGCAGCUACCCGGACAAUGUUCGAGACUCGACCUUGAAAGACACCCAGAUCCCGGAAGUCUCCUGUAAUGUCGGCCUUCUAGCUACCGCCAUCUUGUGCCCAGCAAUAGCAGUGAUUAUCGUAGUUGUGACCGCUUGCCAUCAUUUGGAUGUUCCUUGGUAUAUGGGCAUGAUCUGGCAGUGGACCAGGGCCAAACAUCGCGCCAGAAUGCGACAAGUUCGACCUGAAGAUCUGGCUGGUAUUGAGUUUCAUGCUUUUGUGUCUUACAGCCAGCAUGACGCAGACUGGGUGCACAAUUCCCUCCUCCCCAACCUUGAAGGCCCCGCAGGAGGGCUCAGAAUCUGCCGCCACGAGAAAAACUUUGUACCCGGAAAGACAAUUAUUGAGAACAUCAUCGGCUGCGUGGAGAAAAGCCGGCGCUCUGUGUUUGUGCUCUCUGCUCACUUCGUCAAGAGCGAGUGGUGUCAUUACGAGCUGUACUUCGCCAGCCACCAGCGCCUUGCUUGGGGCUCAGACAGCGUUGUGCUGGUGCUGCUCGAGCCUCUGCCUCAAUACCUGAUCCCAUCCAAGUACUACCAGCUGAAGUCCAUGAUGGGCCGCCACACAUACUUAGAGUGGCCUCAGGACACGAAAAAGCACAGGCUGUUCUGGGCUAACCUCAGAGCUGCCCUACAGACCGACCUGCCAGAUGCACCAGUGACAGGACUAGAGGAGUGA